UCAGAGCAGGCUGGUCUAUAGCUGACUGACUUUUCAGAGCCUGUAAAAUCGAGCAAAUUUAAGGGGAGCUCAGUUGUGAGGUGUAUUUAGCAAUCAUGCCCAACAUUUUUCGCAGCUUUCUAUCGGAUCGCUACAAUGGCAAACAAGAACGGUUCUACGAACGUUACGAUGCCUUUUUCCGAGCCAUACCCAACAUGCCACCAAUGCCCAGACCAAAACCUAAUAACAAUACAAGGAACCUAGUAGCAAGACCUGAACCAAAGACUAACCUGAAGUUUACCUACUUGUAUGGUAGUAGGGAACCCAGCAGUGAUUGGCGUCAGGGCGAUGAUGUAUCCAUUGUGGACCGAAGGAAAAUGGAGGAGGACCAUGGCAUCCAGUUGAUGAACAUUCAACCGGCUUCCAAAAACUCCUUGGUCAGUCAUAUUAUCUGGGAACUGAAAAUUCCGGACCAAAGUCUAGAACUAAUACCGAAAACCAAAAAAGGUAUUCAUGUACGCAUCAUUACGGUGGUGGCCGAAACCACAAGGACUCGCUCAAAGCUAAUGCGGAAAAGUCAACUUUUGACCAAAGUGCCAGAGCCACAAAGUGUUGUGCAAUCACCUCCUCCUCAGCCCAAAAAACAGGCGGAAAAAAGGCGUUUCAAACGGCAGGGCGAGCAAUUCGAAUGUAGUGAUUGUGUAAAGAAAUUCGAUCAUUGCUGGAUGCUGAUAGCCCAUAUGAGGACCCACACCGGUGAAAGACCCUUCGUGUGUCCUGAACAAAGUUGCCAGAAGUCCUUCGCCGAUCGUUCCAAUCUGCGUUCGCAUCAGCGCACAAUGGGCCACCACGAGUGGGAACAUCAGUGCGGCCAGUGCGGCAAGUAUUUUAGCCAGAUAUGCUACCUGAAUCGCCAUUCGAUGGACGCCUGUCGGAAAUAUCUGAUGAGCAUUAUGCAUAAGAAGUCUUAA